ACUUGCGCUUUGUGAUUGGUCCGGUGGCUUCUGGGAUCUGUCAUGUGUCCCAGGUACCGCCUUACCAUUCACAAAAAGCACAGCUUCUUGCGCAUGCGCACUUGGCACCCGGCUGUCAAGCCCAGCGCCCCACACUACAGAAGCCGGGAAGACAGCGCGCCGCUGGAUAGAGGAACAGGUAAGGUCCCGCUGCAGAGCUGAGCGGCCGGCCCGGUAUUCUGACACGGCGGCGGUGGAAAUACCGGACCGGCCGCUCCAUAUUCGCUCCAUAAGACGCACUGACAU